GAGCGGGCCGCCGGGGCUGCUCGGGGACCGGCGCGGGGAGUAGCGGCGCGGGGCGCGCGGGCGAGGCGUGCGGGCGCAGGGGCACUUCGCGAUAGGAUGAGGCUCCGGGCUGGCGCGCGGUAGUACUAUGAUUUGGUAUGUGGCCACUUUGAUAGCAAGUGUGAUCAGCACCCGAGGGCUCGCGGCUCAAGGUGCCCACAGCCUGCGAGAGGAGCCUGAGUUUGUGACUGCGAGAGCCGGCGAGAGCGUGGUCCUGCGAUGCGACGUGAUCCACCCAGUGACGGGACAGCCCCCGCCCUAUGUGGUAGAGUGGUUCAAGUUCGGAGUCCCCAUCCCUAUCUUCAUCAAGUUCGGCUACUACCCGCCCCACGUGGACCCUGAGUAUGCAGGCCGGGCCAGUCUUCAUGAUAAAGCAUCCCUGCGGCUGGAGCAGGUGCGCUCCGAGGACCAGGGCUGGUAUGAGUGCAAAGUGCUCAUGCUGGACCAGCAGUAUGACACCUUCCACAAUGGCAGCUGGGUGCACCUCACCAUUAACGCCCCUCCCACCUUUACAGAAACACCCCCCCAGUACAUCGAGGCCAAGGAGGGAGGCAGCAUCACCAUGACGUGCACAGCUUUCGGGAACCCCAAGCCCAUCGUCACCUGGCUGAAGGAGGGGACACUCCUUAGUGCUGGUGGGAAGUACCAGGUGAGUGAUGGCAGCCUGACGGUGACAUCUGUCAGUCGGGAGGACAGAGGCGCCUACACCUGUCGGGCUUACAGUAUCCAGGGGGAGGCAGUCCACACCACCCACCUGCUCGUCCAAGGGCCUCCUUUCAUCGUUUCCCCUCCUGAGAACAUCACUGUCAACAUCUCCCAGGAUGCUCUGCUCACCUGCCGGGCGGAGGCGUAUCCGGGCAACCUCACAUAUACCUGGUACUGGCAGGAUGAGAACGUCUACUUCCAGAAUGACCUGAAGCUGAGGGUGCGGAUCCUGAUUGAUGGGACACUGAUCAUCUUCCGGGUGAAGCCAGAGGAUGCUGGGAAGUACACUUGCGUCCCUAGCAACAGCCUGGGUCGCUCCCCUUCAGCCUCAGCUUACUUGACUGUGCAGUACCCAGCCCGUGUCCUCAACAUGCCCCCCGUGAUCUAUGUGCCUGUGGGGAUCCACGGCUACAUCCGCUGCCCUGUGGAUGCAGAGCCACCAGCCACCGUGGUGAAGUGGAACAAGGAUGGCCGGCCCCUGCAGGUGGAGAAGAACCUGGGCUGGACCUUGAUGGAGGAUGGCUCUAUUCGGAUCGAGGAGGCCACAGAGGAGGCUCUUGGCACUUACACUUGUGUGCCUUACAAUACCCUGGGGACCAUGGGCCAGUCUGCUCCUGCCAGGCUCGUCCUGAAGGAUCCCCCGUAUUUCACGGUGCUACCAGGCUGGGAGUACAGGCAGGAGGCUGGCCGAGAGCUGCUCAUCCCCUGUGCGGCCUCAGGGGACCCCUUCCCUGUCAUCACCUGGAGAAAGGUAGGGAAGCCCAGCAGAAGCAAGCACAGUGCCCUGCCCAGCGGGAGCCUACAGUUCCGUGCCCUGAGCAAGGAGGACCACGGGGAGUGGGAAUGUGUCGCCACCAACGUGGUCACAACCAUCACUGCCAGCACCCACCUUACCGUCAUUGGCACCAGCCCCCACGCCCCAGGCAGUGUCCGGGUCCAGGUCUCCAUGACAACUGCCAACGUGUCCUGGGAGCCGGGCUAUGAUGGAGGCUACGAGCAGACAUUCUCAGUUUGGUACGGACCUCUGAUGAAGCGGGCACAGUUUGGGCCCCAUGACUGGCUGUCCUUGUCAGUGCCACCGGGCCCCAGCUGGUUGCUAGUGGACACCCUGGAGCCCGAGACUGCAUACCAGUUCAGUGUCCUGGCCCAGAACAAGCUGGGAACCAGCGCCUUCAGUGAGGUGGUCACUGUGAACACUUUAGCAUUCCCUAUCACAACUCCAGAACCUCUGGUGCUGGUUACCUCACCAAGGUGCCUCACAGCCAAUCGGACCCAGCAGGGUGUGCUCCUGUCCUGGCUCCCACCUGCCAACCACAGCUUCCCGAUCGACCGCUAUAUCAUGGAGUUCCGAGUCGGGGAGCGCUGGGAGAUGCUAGACGAUGCCAUUCCGGGUACCGAUGGAGAUUUCUUUGCCAAGGAUCUGUCACAGGACACCUGGUAUGAGUUCCGGGUUCUGGCCGUCAUGCAGGACCUGAUCAGCGAGCCCAGCAACAUUGCCGGUGUCUCCAGCACAGACAUCUUCCCGCAGCCAGACCUGACUGAUGAUGGGCUGGCCCGGCCUGUGUUGGCUGGAAUCGUUGCUACCAUCUGCUUCUUGGCAGCUGCCAUCCUGUUCAGCACUCUGGCCGCCUGCUUUGUCAACAAGCAGCGCAAGCGCAAGCUCAAGCGAAAGAAAGACCCCCCACUGUCCAUCACCCACUGCAGAAAGAGCCUGGAAUCUCCCUUGUCCUCUGGCAAGGUGAGUCCAGAGAGCAUCCGCACGCUCCGUGCCCCGUCCGAGUCCUCUGAUGACCAGGGCCAACCUGCUGCCAAGAGGAUGCUGAGCCCCACCCGGGAGAAGGAGCUGUCCUUGUACAAGAAAACCAAGCGGGCCAUCAGCAGCAGAAAGUACAGUGUGGCCAAGGCCGAGGCCGAGGCUGAGGCCACCACCCCCAUUGAGCUGAUCAGCAGAGGUCCGGACGGCCGCUUCGUGAUGGACCCCUCUGAGAUUGAGCCCUCAAUGAAGACCCGGCGCAUUGAGGGCUUCCCCUUUGCGGAGGAGACAGACAUGUACCCUGAGUUCCGGCAGUCUGAUGAGGAGAAUGAGGACCCCCUGGUGCCCACAUCUGUGGCUGCCCUGAAGUCUCAGCUGACCCCUCUGUCUUCCAGCCAGGAGUCCUACCUGCCUCCACCAGCAUACAGUCCUCGCUUCCAGCCCCGUGGGCUUGAGGGGCCCAGUGGCCUGGGAGGCCGGCUGCAGGCCACGGGCCAGGCCAGGCCCCCAGCGCCCCGGCCCUUCCACCAUGGGCAGUAUUAUGGGUACCUCAGCAGCAGCAGCCCUGGGGAGGUAGAACCACCGCCCUUCUACAUGCCGGAAGUGGGCAGCCCCCUGAGCUCGGUCAUGUCAUCCCCACCCCUGCACACUGAGGGGCCUUUUGGCCACCCUACCAUCCCAGAGGAAAAUGGAGAAAAUGCUUCCAACAGCACUCUGCCCUUGACUCAGACACCUACGGGAGGGCGUUCCCCUGAGCCCUGGGGCCCGCCAGAAUUCCCCUUCGGGGCCCUGGAAGCCCCAGCCAUGAUGUUCCCCCACCAGCUGCACGCCCGUGAUGUGGCCGAGAGUCUGCAGCCCCAGCCCUGCCUGCCUCGAGGACUGCCCCCCACCUCCCUGCAGGUGCCUGCAGCCUACCCGGGCAUGCUGUCUCUGGAGGCGCCCAAGAGUUGGGCAGGCAAGUCUCCUGGCAGGGGCCCUGUCCCGGCGCCCCCAACAGCCAAGUGGCAGGACAGACCCAUGCAAUCCUUGGCUAGCCAGGGGCAGCUGAGACAUACCAGCCAAGGUAUGGGCAUACCUGUGUUGCCUUACCCCGAGCCAGCUGAGCCGGGGGGGCAUGGUGGCCCCAGCACAUUUGGCCUGGACACUCGGUGGUAUGAGCCCCAGCCCCGGCCCCGGCCCAGCCCCCGGCAGGCCCGGCGCGCCGAGCCCAGUUUACAUCAAGUGGUGCUACAGCCCUCUCGGCUCUCACCUCUGACCCAAAGCCCCCUCAGCUCCCGCACUGGCUCCCCUGAGCUCGCUGCUCGUGCUCGGCCUCGUCCGGGCCUCCUGCAGCAGGCGGAGAUGUCAGAGAUCACCCUGCAGCCGCCCGCUGCGGUCAGCUUCUCUCGCAAGUCCACGCCAUCCACUGGUUCCCCUUCCCAGAGCAGCCGCAGCGGGAGCCCCAGCUACAGGCCUGCCAUGGGCUUCACCACUCUGGCCACAGGCUACCCCUCCCCUCCACCGGGCCCUGCCCCUGCAGCGCCCGGGGACAACCUGGAUGUGUUUGGACAGACACCUUCCCCUCGGAGGAUGGGGGAGGAGCUGAUCCGGCCCGAGCCCCCAACAACGUUACCUACUUCAGGAAUACUCCCACCUGCUCCCGGGAAUGCUGCUGCACCUGAGAGGCUGGAGGCUCUGAAAUACCAACGGAUAAAGAAGCCCAAAAAGUCAUCCAAGGGCUCCUCGAAGUCAAAGAAACAAUCCGACGGUUCUGCCUCUCAGGCUCAGCAGCUUCCCAACUCUCAGGUUCUGUGGCCCGAUGAAGCUGUCUGCCUCCGAAAGAAGAAGAGACACUCUCGUCCUGACCCCUUUGCCCGGCUCUCAGACUUGUGCCACCGCCAGCUUCCAGAAGACCAGACGGCUAUCCUCAACAGCGUGGAUCAGGAUGACCCAGGCCACGCCACUCUGCUGUGACUCCACACUACUCUAAGUGUCCCCAGGGCAGGGUGGGGCCGCAGGUAGGGAGGGGUUUCAUGAGGGGGGCCUUGUCCCCCUCUGUCCACCAAGGGAUGGCUCAGUGUCCGGCUUGGCCCUUCUCCCCCAGGUCCUAGCCACCUGGCCUCAUCUGCAGGACAGGCUGGGGGCAAACCUUCUGCCUGUGGUCAAUCGGUGACAGGAAGUCAUCUGGCUCUGUCCCACCUCUCCCUCUUCACUUAGGUGGAAUUUUCUCACCUCUUCAGAUGUCUUUGGAAGUGAAGAAGAGGAAAGCAAUGGCUUUUACUGCUCUGCUUCUGUUUCAGUUUUUUGAGUUGUGGGAGAGGGCUGGACCUCUGUCCCAUCUUCCAGACUCCACAUAUAUAUAGAUAUAGAUACAAAUGCACAUGUAUGUAGUUGGUGGGUUUCUCUAUGUGUAUAUAUAUGUACAUUGCAGCAAAGUGCUGUUUCCUUCUCUGGUCCAUGGAAAGGAGGAGCAUAGUGGACAGCUGGGGUUUGUGAGUAGGGAUGGCCAUGGUUGGCGGGGCACCCUCUUGUCUGUCUUGGGGGACUGUUCCUGUCGAAACAGAGUUCAUGCCUCUUGGCUGAAUUCACCAUUGUCCUCUUUGGCUUCCUCCAUCCAGAGCAGAAAUGAGGCCCUGCUGAGAUAACCAGCUGGGGUUACCAGUGAGUUACCACUGAACAAACAUAAGCUUUUAUUGCUUGGUUGCUGGUAAGGAAAGGGUAAGCAGGCGUAGGGCCAGCCUGGUGUCUUUCUUCUCCACAGUUUGUCUCACACUUCAGAAAUGUAAGCUGCCUAGUGGUGGGGUAGACAGGCAGGGCCCUGGUGCACAUGCCCGAGCCCACGUGACCAUGCCUCAGUUCCUUUUGGUCCAGCCUGGGCCCGGAGCCCUGCAGCCAAAGGUCCUCUCAUCUGGAGCCACCUGUGCAGAGCCCCAAGCUGCUGAGGCUCUAUUUAUAUCCGUCUCUACUUAGCUCUCUGGGGCGCUGCUCCGCCAUGCUGAUCGGCUCCUCCUUUUCUCUUGUGGAAGCUAAUUCUCCAGAUUGAUUAAUUGCCACUUGUGCAGAGCCACCCGCCAGUCCUCUGCAUCCUCACCAUGCCUGCCUGCUGCCCUGCUUUGCUGGGGUCCUCCUCCCUCCUCAGAACCCACACUCCUGUAGCGUGGGCUCUGGUGAAGUGAGGGUGCUCCUUCCCCAGGACGCCGAAGGCGAGCUGGCCCAAGCUUAGGAGUGAAGGUGGGAGGGGUGGUAGCUGGGGACCUGGCCCUAGUCCUCCUCCUGCCAAAAUCUUGUCCUACUUAAAACCGUCAGCACCCAGAAGCUUUCGCAAGGCAGUCUUCCUGUUCAGGAGUAUCCCUGUUUUCCCAGCAGGUCACUGGGCCGAGGGUUGGGUGGAGAGUGUGUCCUCGCUCACCAUCCCCUGCUCCUGUAGCUUGGUCUGGCCCAGGAUGGCAGGUGCCACUGGGUUCCUGGAAGUGUUUUCUUCUUGGUGUUGCUGUCCUGUGGUUUGGGGACAUGGAUCUCUCCCCAGUGACCUGCUUGGACAUCGGCCAUGUCAGAGCCCUAGCAGGCUUCUGCUGGUCUCACUGUAGCUGCCAGUGGCUUGGCUCAGUGGCAGAGGUGAGGUGUGGCCUCCAAGGCCUAGGAAGCUGGUCCUUUUGCUGGAGCUUCCAUCUUGGGGACAGAUACUGUCUCUGCCAGCCAGGCCUGGUGCUUCCUUCUCUUUCCUAGUGAGCGGGGUUCUCGCUCCACCAUGCAAGCCACACCAUUACAGUUCAUUUCUGGACAUGGGUGAAAGAGGUGCAGAGGGUGGUUUCUGUCUCUGGGACUAGCUGUGGGCCUGGGGUGAACACCAGAUGCCUUCCUCUGGAGCCCGAGAAUCCACUUGACCCCUGGGUAGCAGCUCUGGCAAAGUUAAGAGUAGAGCUGGGUGGCUCUCUGUGAUCCUUUCAGUGGUGAUGCUACCUCUGUCACUCUGCCACAAUGGGCUGCUCCUGGGGCGUCUCCCAGGGGCUGUCAGGAGCAGGCCUGCCUGAACUGUCAGCUGGUGUGAGAUGUGAGGCUCACAGUGGGUCACAGUGGCCUCUGUCCCCCUCUUGAAGUGUGUGACUUCUCUUUCAGGAUGUCCAGCCCAGGUCCUGGGGUGCAAUGUGAAUAUGGAGCAUCAGGGCUGCUGCACAUUAGGAUGAAUUAGGCCCUGAAGCCAUCUGGGGCUUGCAGCUAGGAAAGGAAAGAAGGGAAGUUGAGGUGGAAAGCUGCUUUGUUGGGAUGUCAUCCAGGGCUGGGAAGCACAGCUUGUGGCUGAGGUGCUCUGGCCACCCCUGGGCUUUCCUGGGCCCUGUGCUAACAAGGUGCUGACUCCUGCCUCCUUUUCUUGCCUCUGGCAGUGCCCCUUACCUCAGCUGAAAAGACCAAAUGGCAGGAGCUGUGCUUUUGCUGGCCACUGGGUGGCAGCUCUGCCGAGGCAUUGCCAGGGCUGGAAAGGGACGAAAGGCCUACCUGUUCCUCAGUGGCCUCAGACUUGUUCUCCUUCCAGCAUGGCUUCCUUCUUGUGACUGUGUCCUUGGAGGCCAGCAUCCUUCCUGCACCUCUGGGAGCUACUUCAGUCCUUUAAGGACUGCAGAGGAAGUUGGCAGAAUCCAAUUUCGUUCACCCAUGGGAUGGAGGAUGGAGGUGUUGCAGGCACCCUGUUUAGUGCUGCGUGUGGACACAUGAAUGCAAAUCUGUAUGAUGAGUGUAUCCAUUUCUAGGGACCAGUGUCCUUUGGACUCUGCCUUUGAACAUGGCAGUGACCACUAGGAAGCUUCCUAGGACUUUUCACCCUCUACUCUGUAGGAGAUCAGUCUUCCUGACUUCCCCCUUUAGGAUCUGGUAGCCUUGCAGUAGAAGUAGUUCAGAUAAAAACCUGUUCUUAUAUCUUGGAUUUUUUUUUCUGCAGCUUUAUUCUAUAUCUUGGUUCAAAACAGUGGCUAUUGGGGCAACAGGUGGUCCACACAGACCAGGAAGACAAUAUGAUGGUCUCUGAGGGGCUUGAAAGUCUGCAAGUGCUUAGGGAAGAAGAUGAGCAAUACGGAGGUGAACGCUGUUUCUUGAUGAACUGGCUGGCCACCGGUGGGCUUCAUGGCUGUGAGCAGAAGGCGGUGUGUGAAUUGCCUUUGGUGGUUCCUGCCCAGCAUCUGGCCAGGACCCUGCCUGCUGGCCAGCCUUUCUCCCUUACAGUCUCUUGGAGAGACCAGGGUGGGAGAGGCCCUCUACACACCUACUUUCUCAACAGGAAGAGUCCCUCUGUCCCAAGGACCAGCAGGACCUGGGUCUCUCUCAAAGGUCUAGGUCUACGCCAUUGUGAGAUGGCUCCAGCACCAGUGGGCUGGGUAGGGUGCUUACUAGUAUUUUUCCACGCUCUUCACCUUCAUUUUUGAUCUAAAAUAUUUGGGGUUAGAUGGAUUUCAGCCGUUUAUUCCUCUGUCCUUUUCUUGCACAGGAAACUAGAUAAGGUUCACAUACAGAAGUUCCUUUUUUUCUGGCAAGGCUGACAAGCAGAUUCAAGAGGAAACAGAUGCCACAGAACAUCAGGCAUCUUUUCUACCACCCAGGGUUUGAAUCAGACCUGACGUGUGUGUGGCUGGAGCAGUUUCUUCCAAUAUUGUUGGCAAACGUCUUUUGGGGUUUUGGGGUGGGAUGGGGAAGAAUUGUAGAUAAAGUACAUUUUAUUAAUAUGUAGAGAACCCUAGGAGAGAACACUAAUGUUUAAUCUUGGGCUUGCUUUUAGCAUGUAAAGGAGCUUUGGGGGGCAUUGCAGGGACUUGGGAGGCAGCAGGAAGGAGUCAAAGGGCAGAGAUGGGCAGGAACAAGGAGCAGCUCCCUGACACUCUCUGGGAGCUGGGAGCCUUUCCACCCGUGCUCUUGGCUCGGUCUGCCCUUUUGUGUCUUCUCCAGAUCAGAGGCAGAACAGGCUCCAGGCAGAUGGAGACUUGGGGUCCUGCUUCAUGACUGCUGAGGAGAGGGCUCAGGAGGGUCUCAGGGGCCAGCUCUCUGUUAAAUAGUCAUUGAUGAGCAGGAAUGCUUUAGGAGAUGUUAGAGAGCUGGAAUAUGAGGAAGCCUGAUCCUUUGCCAUGGUGAGAGAAGGAAAGAGUGUAGAGUGUUGAAUCUGUCAUGGGGUAGGAGCAGGGGUCCUGGGACAGAAUGGUGGAACCCAAGCAAAGGCACCAACCCUUGCCACUCUCCUUGGGAAAUGUGCACACCAACAGUGUAGUGUACACACUGGGGCAUUAUCCCAAGGAGAAAAAGUGACUGCCCAGUGAGGGGCAAGUGAAGGGGAGGUGGCACUGGAGGGUUUGGGGAGAGAAAUGGGAAGGGUCAUUGCCACUGAGAACAGGUUGGGGCUGGGAUGGCAUGCAGGCUCAGACUGUUGUCUCAGAAGAGGUCUUGCUUCUUCUAGAAUUAGCUUCUUGCACUAAGUGCCCAGACAUGGUUAUCUUUGUCAUGUGCUUCAGCUUGAUGUAUUUGUUUUUGGGGCAUCCUCAAGUCCAGACUGGUCUUGAAAUGGCCAGCUCUAGGUCAGUAGAGAAGGAAAGAUUGUUCUCAGGGGCUCCUUGUUCUUGGUCUCAUAAGCAGAAGUGGCAGGCUGCCUUUCUCUGUCCAUCAUCUGAAGAUGUUCAUAGGUCCCUGGUGACAGUGAUGGCUCGGCUAUUGUGCUCAUCACCCUUCUUGGGUUACAGAGGAUUCCUUCAGAUCGUGGUGCUGCACGGUGAUGUUAGGGAUUGAGGUUUUGUCUUUAUCUUCUUUUGAAGGUUAAAGGAACCAGCCUACAGCUGAGGUAGGAAUGCAUUUCACCCUGAAAUCAGAGACCAGCCUUUCUUCCUUUCUUAUUGUCUCCAGUUUUGUUUCCUUUUGGAUCAAGAGGUAGAAUUAAAAAUCUCUUUAAAAGAAGUCAGAAACCAAGGAUCAAAGCCAAGAUUGGACUUCAGCACUCUUACCAACUUGAUGUUUGGUUCUGGGUCUCUCUUAUCUCUGACAAUGCACCUGCACAGGGCCAGACCCUUAUUUCUGGGCCCCUAUCUAUACUUUCAAAUAAGCCUUUCAGGAACAAACAUGCUACCCCCACCAGAUGUUUUGUGUGUCAGUUUGCCAAGAGGGUAGAGGUUUUUCAGGAUCAAAUUUUAAGCUGAUAGAAAAAUUCCCAAUCUAUUGAGUCUAGUCCAAAGACACCUGUAGACCCUAAGGGUUUCUGUGUCAAGGAAAAAUUAAUCAUUAUUGGAAAUACUGUUAAUGGUUGACCAUGCCUUAGAGGUGGAAGAGUUAGGGUAUCUUGACUGAUAAAUACUUUGGCAGAACAGCAGCCAGUCACCGGUAUUGCUUGGAAAUUCUCUUUUGCAUGGGUUAGUAGCAGUGGCUAGGGAUUCUGAAGAGAGCUGAUGAGACAGCUAUCAGCUUUGGAUGCUGGCUGGGAAAGCUAGACUGUGAGCUAACCAAAGAGGAAUGAAGCCUCUCUUCCUCUCCUUGGUCCUGGGUUGUCUGCCUUUCCCAUCCCACUACAUGGUGAUGGGAAUGGCUGUCUGAGCCUAUUUUUCUUUUGGGUCUUGAAAUCUGUCUCACCAACCCCAUGCCCCUGCCCCCAGCACUGGAUUUCCUGGAUUCAUUUUAGGAACUAGGGCUAGCUCUCCCCAUGUACCCCACAUACUCACGAGUUAGGUUCCCUUUCCUUCCCUCCUGCACUUCUGUAUGGCUCCAGGGAUCUUGAACUUGUGCAUGGUUUACGAUAGGGAAGUGGUUGGGGUGGGAAAGGGAAUUUGGGAGGGUACUGGGGUUGGGCUGGGGAGGGGUGUUUGCAUUUUCAGCCUUAGCAAUACUGCAAGCAUGCUUUGGGCUGUGUUUGGGGUUUCACCUAAGUAGAUGGAAGGGGCCAGUGCCCAGUGCCCCCUCAUGUCUAUGAUGAGGACCUGGGGGCAUUAUAUGUCCUUCUGGCUUAGGGAAUCUAUGAAACCUUGUAUCUGGUGAGGGGACGAACCCUCCUGAUCAUCUUGCAGUCCUCAAAAGGGAAACUCUACCAAUGAGUAUUUCUGUUGCCUACUGUGGACAAUGAGAGGCCUGUCAUGAGUUGACAUUGUCCUUGGCUGGGUCAGUGGAAUGGGAUUCCCUUACCUGUCUUUCUGCAGGUACUAGGCAUCUCCCUGGUCUCUAACCCCGCCAGCUGUUUAUUCUAGUGUUCCUUUCCUGGAUUCAGGAAAUGUGUGUUGUGGGUGUGUGCGAGAGUCUGUUGUGUGUGCAUGGAACCUGUGUGUGUUUGUGUGUGUGUGUGUGUGUGUGUGUGUGCCUGUUGUGUGUGCAUAAGAGAUUGGUAGGGACACACUGCUUUGCCUGGAUAGCAUCAGGCAUAGGUGACCCUCUUUUUUGUUGGCUCUUUCUUUGCUGGACAACUUCUGUUUUGGUAGGAGGGUCACAUUAGUAAUACACCAUCUUGGGUGUAUUUUUUAUGGAGAUUGUAUAUACAAUUAUAUAAAUACAUAUAAUGUGUUCUAUUUUAAGGAGACGGGGAACUUAUGUUGGGGGGUGAGGAUCAGAUGCAAUAGUAGUGACUUACACUGGGAGCCUCAGGCGAGUGGUCCACACAGAGUGGGACUGGACAAGCCAGAGACGCAAGCUGGGCUGGAUGCAUGGGGCCUGUGCCCCUGCACACAUAUAUAAAUAUAAGGAAAACCUAUAUAAAGUCUGUCUAGCUAGCUUAUCUAUAUAUCUAUGAAGUCAUAGUUUGCUUUAUUUUUGUACCUGUGCUUAGAGAUGCUUUGAGCAGUGUCACCUUCCCAAGCAGUCUGGGAAACUAGCUCAUGCCUUGAUGCCGCCUCCCUCUCUGUCCUUCCUGGGUUACAGUCUAUGUUCAGAGAUGCUUGGGUCUUUCUCACAGAAAUGUGUAUAUAUGAAAAAACUUUAAAAUUAAACAAAGAACUCACUUGUAGAAGGACAAGUGAGCUGAAGGUUGUGGGCGAGUUAUGGGAUUGACGACCCCAGAAAACUCUGGUCCAAGUACCUCUUGGCACUGGGAAGGGUCACUGUGGUGAGAUGCUUGAUCUCGUGGGGGUGCUGGAGAGCUGGAAGUGCCACAGAGCAUCCCUGUAUGGCUGCGCUUGGUAUCCAGCUCCUUGGAAGGAAUCCAGCUCAGCAGCUGGGAAAGGGGAUGGUCAUGAUAACUAUGGCUGUCCUGGCUUGUAGCACCUGGGCUUAAGCAACUCUUGGCGGUAUGGCAGUGAGAGAGUUUGCAAGGCUGACUGUGUGAGCCCAGGCUUGGAAAAGAGAUACCCUGGGGAUUAUCACUGCAGAUUUUUGGAACCAGUGUGAAUGUAAUAUCUAGUAUAAAUAUGUCAUUGAUGCUAUUUUCAUUUAUUUUUAAUUUGAAAAUAAAAUGCUGUUGGAAAUGGGAUGGUCCAGUCCUGGGACAAUGAGUGGAUAGUCAGAAAUAAGAGAUUAACUUUGGGCAGAUCCGGGAGGAUGGGUCUUCCUGGGACCUUCCUUCUGGUACCCACUUGGGGACUUACAGAACUGAACAACGUAUUGGACAAAUGUGACCAAGAAUGGGAGAUUCUGGCGGGAGGGUCCACUUGAGUUUGAGCAGCAAAGUGUGUGUGGGCUGAAGGAUACCUCUCUGAGAAUUCAAGACCUCAUAUAUGCUGCAAAGGCAACAUGCCUUGUAGCCUCGGCAUGCAGCUCCUGGUGCUAGUUCUUCCUUCUGACUUGCUAAGUGCUCAGAACAAUGUGUUUGAAGCUGGUGCAGGGCCAGAUGGUGCAGGGAUUCUGGGGAGUCUCAUGACUACAGUCACUCAUCUCUUAUUUCUGCUUGAAACUCAAAAUACGGCAAUGCUAGCCCGUCUUUCCCAACCAAAAUGUGAUGUUCUCCAAGAGCUCUUGUCUGUGGAUUUGACCAUUUGAGGAUCUCAGAUGCCUCAAUCCCGGGAAGGGCUCUUUUUUGCUUUUGAGGAGUGUUAUGAGAAGAGGAGGUUGGGGUAGAGCUUGCAUCUAACUUCUGAUUCUUACUGGAUCUUAUAUGGCCCUGCCAUUCAUUAGGACACUGUUCUUGGGGCUCCACGAUUGUGUGUUCAAAACAUUUCCUAUUGUCCACAGACAUCACAGGAGAACAGGCCUGUUCAUGCAGUACUGGGAGGGCUCCAAUUCUGGCUGCAACUGAUAGGUGACUGAUCUUUCCCAUAUCCUCCCCAGGAGGCCAGGAGAAGAUGCAGCCAGGUAUUUCUUAUAAGAUUUUCUGGGAGGUGGAGCAAGAGGAAGAGCAGCGAAUUCUAGGUCCCUCCCCAGCUUGCACCCUCUACUGAGCUACCAAAGAGGGGUUUCCAUGACUAUGCUUUUGGCUCUUAGAGCCAAUCUUUUCUCUUUCUCUGGAGACUCUGUCCUGUUCCUGGUCACAUGUAAGCUGCAGAGUCAGCCAGUUCAGCACACAGUCACCUCAAAGGGCUCAUCCUCCAUGAGGUCCAGAGUUCCUCAACAUUCCAUCUCUCUCCACAUUGAGCCAAAGGCUUGAUCCUUAGAAACCUCAGCAGCACCAAGGUGCAUGAGAUUGGGAGACCCUGCACAUUGUCAUCGCAUUUCUCAGUGUCAAGUGGAUGCUUUAUUUGGGAGAAAACAGGGAAGACAAGGACCUUGAAAUUUUGGAGCCUGGACAGGAAGUGUUACUUACCUAUGCCCUUUCCUUGACAUCUCCCAGAAAGAGGGUGCAAGGCUGGGCAUUGGAGGGGAAAGGACAGAUAUCCCAGCAUCAAUCUCCCAUUUCUCAGAAGAGCCAUCCUUUCACAAAGGCAUGUGGAGCAGAGGGGAUCGGGAUCUGACUGUGUGGAGUAAGCAAGAUACUCUAUUUUUGAACCUCUCAAUUAAUGGGACAGGUGGGUGGGAGGGGUCUGGUGAUGAAGCUUUUGAGGCCUACAGCCACUACCAGGGAUCUGAGCUGCCCCCUAUGCUGUUACUUAUUCCUUGGUCCCUAGAUAGUGGAAGGGAUAUGGAAUUUUGGUGCUUUUCUUUUUGGUAGGAGGUUGAGAGAAUCUGUAGAGUUGUUCUAGUUAAGCUACCUCUGUCUGUUACAUGGAAGCAGUGUGGAGUAGAUAGGUCUGCUUGGAGUUGCUCUCCCAAGGAUCAGUGUGGGCACUGUUCUCUUCCACAUCAUUAUCAACAGGGAGCUAGGCAAGAGGGAAGGGCUUGCCCAUUGUCCUUGGAACUGCCUUGGACAAAAUAAAAGUGGGUGGUGAGGGCACAGUCGCGCCUGCACAGCACUUCCGUGGGUGAGGAAGUGGCUGUGCCUUUGGGCAGGGGUCCCUGCUGUUGCACACUGUGAAGCUGGAUGGGGAGGACUUGCUCUGUGGGAUGAUGCGGAUGCUAGAACUUGAGAUGAGGAGUGGGGAGGGGAAGGGUAGAUCUGACGCUCCACUUACUAAGUUGUAUCCAUCAGAGUGAGAAAGCCUUCAAGUUCCAUUUAGAUUUAAUUUCCUAACUGCUGUUUGUGGGGCCAGAGAUGGAGGCCAUGGACGAGGUGUACGCCACCAGUUGCCUGUUCUUGUCCAUAGCCUGAUGGGGAGGGAUGGCCUCCUGCUCAUGUGAGCAUCUCUCAGCCCUGUUACCCACUUACGCUCUCCCACCUGGAGGGACUGUGCCAUCCUGGACGUGCUUCUUCCAUCGCACAUAAGGAGGCAGUUCUGUUUCCCACCUCUCAUCGCCCUGAGUUCUACAGACAUGCAGAGGGUAGGGGUGAAGAGUGCUUCAGGAGGGGCAGCUCCCACCGCCCUCCCCAGGGCUCCUAGCAGACUUCAGACCUUCAGAUGCCUGGCAGCCUCCUUCUUUUGGUUCUUUUCUAACAAGUCUGGAUUGACUCUUGGUUUCGUCAUGAGAUUUCUUGCUCUCAUUUCGAACUCUCUUUUCUUCCUUCAGCUUUCUUUGGGGCUUCCCCCAUUCAUACCAGGUCUUCAUGUGAAGACUAUCCAAACCUCAUUUCCAUUUCUUGAAUGUCGAGUAUUAUCUCAUCACCACACUAGGGUGCUUUAUGGUGCUGUCUGAGAGGCCAGCAGGGUGGAACUGGCUCCUCCCACUGGUUCUUUAGAUCUUGCUGUAUUUCGUCUUCUUUUUUUCCCCCAUAGCGAUUUGGGGUGGGUGACUUGGGAGUAGAUUUGUGUUUUCUCUCUCUUUCUUUUGUGUAUGAAUGAACUGGUAAAAGUCAGUUAUCAUGAGUAGCUGACUUCAUGGUAUUGACUGGUUGGCUGACUUUGGUUCCAAAUUAAAGACAAACCAACAUGUUGUAUAGCUGCGUACAGAACACUUUUGAGUGUGAAUUUGGAUGGUGACUAGAGGCUUACUUUUUGAACUUCAGGUAUGUAACUCAAAAGUAAAUAAAAACACUAUUUUUUCAGUAAGCUUUUUUUUUCUUCUAAAAGAUAACUUAGAAAUCAAACUACAAAACAUUAAAUCGGUGCUGUACCUAAGCCUUAUACAAACAUUCUACACUCUGUAUAACCUGUGUCUGGGGCACUCCUUGCUCCAUCACCCUCUUCUCAAAGCCUGGAAAUGCCAGUGUAUGCCAAGCCUGGGGUCUUGGGUACCAGUGGGCCCAGGGGACCCCAGGAGCAGAGGGUGAUGGUGGAGAUGGGGCCUGGUUCUGCUACCUGAGCAGAUAUGGGAAGGAAACCAGGUGCUUGGGUGUGUGUGGCAUGUGUGUACACAUGUGUAUGUUUGUGUGUGUGCAAAUGUGUAUGCAUGAGCAUACAGGUGCACAAUGCCAAAGUGAAUGCACCAACUGGGGCUUGAAAGGGAGACCCGGGUGGGCCCCGGGAGUGGGACAAUUGGGAUGAGGGGGCACACUCCCUCCCAUUUCCUGUCUCCUGUUUCUUCUCUGUCAGGGAGUGGAGGUAUACUGGAAAUAGCUACAUUCUUAGCUGGGUGCUUCUUCUUCAAAAUCUCCAAAUGCUAAGCACUUCUAAAGGCCCCAUCCAAGGGGCAGGCAUCUCUGGCCACCAAAUCAGACUGCCAGGACUAGGAGGAACCUUUCUUCUCCCCAGCCCUUACUUGGGUUUUGAGGAAGAGAGCUCCUCCUGCAGGGUCCCUGCAUCUCCCCUUCCUGGGCCUGGAUCUGCUGUAGCUGCCACUCUCCAGCUGGGCUACCAUUGGCUAUCUUGCUCCUUCCUAGCCCACAGAGAAGACCUCCCUGGAGAUGACCCCUACGCUACACUGCUCUGUGGCCCUGAGCAAUAAUGCCUGCCCUGGUUACCAAUGACAGUGAUUCCUUUGGCCUUGGACUUGCCACUUAAAAACUGACACCCCAAACUCAAUUAGGGAGAGAAUUUGCAGUCUGCUUGGGUCAGACUGCUGUGCCAGGCUCCACUCACUGGUAUUUUCAGGCUUGCUGAAUACUAACCAACUCAUUGUCAGUAACACUGCAUGUUCAUACCCUGAAUUAAAAAUCAAAAUGAGCUAACAAGUACAUGAGUGAACCAAGAGCGAGAAAAAGCGGCAUGUCAAAUGACAAGAUGUGUAGCCAGUGAAGGUGCCCUGGGGAGUGUCUCGAGUUAAGCUAAGUAAAAGAAGUUUAGUAUUUAAAUUGCUCCUCAUGUAACAUUACUCUGCUUCAGAAAUGUUUUGUAUUUUGAUAUAAAUAAACAU